CCAGUUGCCAGGUGAUUCGGAGAGCUAGUCGCUGGUUAAUUGCCCAGAGAAGAGUAGAGACAUUAUAUUUCUUGUCGUUCUCAGGAUGAGCAGCUUCUUUUCGACCCCAGCUCCGAUAUAGGCAGUUCAGUCAUUUGACUGCUUUCGUUCAUUCAUCAAGCUUACCAAACUACAUACCUACGAAGUACUGCUUAAACCAGCUUAUUUUGACCCACAUCGACAACGACGGCCUGAAAAUAAAAACAAUACCAAAAAAGUUUAGACGCAGUUCAGUCGAAACCCGGAUGUAAACGGGCAUAUAACCGUUCGUUUUUGCCGACUAACAAAACGCCACCACCGCAACAAAACGGCAAAAAAAGAGAUGGACAGCACGGAGGAGUUCGGUGCGGCUGCGGGGCACCAGGACCCGCGGCGCACGUUGCUCGUGGUCUACAUCCACGGCUUCAUGGGCAACGACACUUCGUUCCAGCGGUUCCCGGCCCACAUGCACGAGUUCCUUCGCGAGUCGCUAGCGGAAACCCACGCCGUCCACACGAAGAUAUAUCCGCGCUACAAGACGUACCGCACCAUCGACGUCGCCACCGAGAACUUUAGCCGCUGGCUCUCACCCCACGAGGGUCCGACCACCGAUGUCGUCCUCGUCGGCCACUCGAUGGGUGGCCUGCUGGCUGCCGAUGUCGUCUUGCUGCCGGCGCCAGGGGUGCAGGGUGGUGGGCGACGAGUUCGGAGGCAUAGGAUCCUAGGUACGGUCUCAUUAGAUUCGCCAUUUUUGGGCCUGCACCCGGGCAUCAUUACCGCCGGCAUCGCGAGCCUGUUUAGGAAGUCGCCCGAGCCUCCCGGCAAGGACGCCUGGGCGGAGGCGGACCAGCGCGGCCGGCUCGGAGCGGCGCCGUCUACUCCGAACUUCCCGGCGCUCAGCCCAUCGUCUAGCCUCUCGCCGGAACCAUCGCUGCACGGCGACCUGAGCGAGCUGAGCCCGGCGCCGUCGGCGGCAAGCUCAUCCACGGGGGCCUCUUAUUUCCAGUCCAACGUGAGCCAAGGGACCGUUGGCAGUUACAGCGGCAGGCCAGCCGCGCAGCCGUCGGCGCUCGAUAGUAUCAUCAGCAUCGGCAGGUCGGCCACGGCGGUGGGCAAGUCGGACCCGCACUACAAUCCGCCGUUUUUCAACGACGUCCAGUUCAAGGACCGUGGCUUCCUCCGAAACGUGUGGCAUUUUGCCCAGAAGCGCAAGCUCGAGGGCGAGAACCUCAUCGACGCCGCGACGGAUCACAUAGUGCGGCACCUGCAGUUCGGCAAGUGCCUCGCGGAUCUGAAGGGUCUGCAUGCCAGGUACGACGCGAUUCGAGAGCUGGAGGAUGAGGGUAUGGAGACGAGGGUCAGGUUCGUGAAUUACUACACGGCGUCGACGGGGAGGCCCAAGGAGUCCAAGGAGCCGAAGGACGGGUCUAAGUCGCCGCUUCAGAGGUCGCACUCUAGGGACAACUCGACGACUAGUUUGGAAGUCAACAGGACGACUGCGGAAGCGGCUACAGGUGCUGUUACGACUACUGGUGGUCAUUUGGACGCGCCAGACAGGGCGUCAGACUCGCCGCAGCUCACAACCUCGAUAAUACCAAUCAAGCAUCACGGAGAUUCGCCCAACCCUACUGCCUCUGGAAUCGCCGGUGCUAGCACUGGAAAGGCGCAGGAAACCGGGCAUAACAGAGAGGCGAACGGAUCCUCUGCAUCAAAUACAGAUCUGCCACAUGAGCGGACAGACCCAGAAACACCACCGCCGGCAUAUGAAUCGGGCACCAGCACGCCAGAGCUCAGAUCUAUUUCGCCAAAUCCCGAAGAAGAAGCACCCCCACCACUUCCCCAACGGCCAGCCCCGAACACAGCAGACGAGACGUCCUCAGAUAAGCCCGAGAAUGAUGAGAGCACGAUCCCGCCAGCGCCCCAGGAACCGCAAAGGUUGAACAUACCCGAGGACGCAAGUCCCGAAGAACGCAAGCGUCUAGACAAGGAGCAUAAGCAGGCCUUCAAAAAGUACGAGCAGGACGUCAAGGCGCGGAUCAAGGCGAUCAAGGAACGGGACAAGGCCAUCGAGAAGGAGAGGUCCAAGAGGGAGAAGGAGAAGCAGAAGCGAGAAAAGGAGGAGCAGAAGAGGCUGCAACAGGAGGAGAAAAAGCGUGAGAAGGAGGCUAAGGAAAAAGCAAAGCAGAAGGAGAAGGAUGAGAAGGGGCAAGGUCGAAACGAGGGUGGCGGGGACGGAGGGGUGGCGGCAGAGGAUACUCAGCGCGAGGACAGCAACGGGAACGAUACAACCAACACCCAGGAUAUCGUGCUCCGGCAAGCCGCCGACGCCAUAGCUGCCGGUAACCAGCACCUUGAGCAGGCAGACGUCGACAGGGCCGUGUUGGUUAGCAGCAGCAGCAGCAACAACACGAACAAGGAGAAGAAGCCCAAGAAACUGCGCAAGUUCUGCAUGCUCCCGAGGAAAAAGAGCGACGGCAGCAGAGACAGCUGCUGGAUAGACGUGUACAUGGAGGGCAUGGACGAGGUUGGCGCACAUUGCGGGCUCUUCUUCCCCGGGCCGCAGUACGAGACGCUCAUCGGGGAGGUGGGCAUGCGAAUCCAGGGGUGGGUGCAUGAAGAUGCCUCUAGGCGGGUGAUAUUGGAAGGUUGAAGUUAAAUUUUUUGUUUGACCCCCAUGUUGGCGGGCAGUAAUUUGUGCAACAUUGCGCAUAUUGCAAAUGCAAUGGUACUUGUUGUUGCACCCAAAAAGACCACUUUCCAAAGCGCCACUGGACAAAAGUGUGUUCUGCGACUGUCGCCUGUGGAUGUUGUGUGAUUUCAAGGUCUGGACCGACCCCGUAGCCCAUUUUCAAUUUAGGCAUGCCAAGGCAGAGAAAUGGCAACCGCGGCGCGCUGUGGGAACGGAUCGCGCCACGCACAGGGCUCCGCUGGAUCCAUCUCGAUCACCACGAUGACAAAGUUUCCGGUUUUGAACCACGAAACAUUCAAGACCCCUACCUGACCAAGUCCCUACCUAAUACACACUCCCUUUAUCUUUUGUGCGUUUCUUUUCUCUUGGGGUACGUUGGCUGCCCCGGUUGCCAAGCCGGGUGAUAGACAAGCAAAGUUAGUAGCUCGGAGAUGACAGAACCUUGUGGCUUUGCUGCACGUGCGCCCGGUCACCUAAAUGCAGUUUCUUUUGUCUUUGUCAGGGGUUGCGUCACAUACUGUAGUCAAAGCGACAUUUUCUUAGGCUGUGUGUUUUCUU